AAGGAAAGAAAUGAAAAAAAUGUUGGUUAAGCGCGUAAAUGCCGCGAGAAUAUCGGAAGAUCCGCCUGGAUGUCAUCGUUGGCAGCGUGUUAGGGAGGAGAAGUUAGAGAGAGAAAGAGACGGAGGGAGGGAGAGAGAGAAUCUUUGCUCCUUUCUCUUGGUACAAUCCGUCUCAGAACCCAGACAGCUGGUUUUGAAUUUCAUCCCAUACCCAAAACCUCUCUCUCCUCCCUCUCUCUCUCACUCCUCAACUGCUCAUUUGCAUGUCCAUGAUUGUUUAAAGAAAUUGGUUUUCCUUGGUGGGUUUUCUCUCUUCUGGUGCUGUUGAUUUUGUAGUGGAGGGAAGGAAGCGGAAUUUGUGAUGGAGGUAGGAGGGUGUUGGAGUUGAGAGAACACAACAUUUCUGGGCAGCUGGGUAUGGCACAGAAUAAACCCAGUAGGCUCUACCAAGUUUGGAAAGGAAGCAAUAAGUUUUUCUGUGGCGGGAGAUUAAUUUUUGGUCCUGAUGUUGCAUCUCUUCUUCUGUCUACAAUCCUUGUAGCCGGCCCAGCAGUUGCCUUCUGUUUGAAGGUUUAUUUUAAAAUAAAAAAUGGGAAUCAAAAGAAUGACAAUCUAUGGCUUCCUGUAUUAGCUAUUGGCUCAGUCCUUACAAUUUUGGAUUUAACCUUUCUCUUCUUGACUUCUGGGAGGGAUCCUGGAAUAAUCCCUCGAAAUUCAAGGCCUCCAGAAUCAGAUGAAGCAUUUGAUCUAGCUACCCCAUCCAUGGAGUGGGUUAAUGAAAGAACUCCUCAUUUGAAACUACCUCGAACAAAAGAUGUCGUUGUAAAUGGUCACACAGUAAAAGUGAAGUAUUGCGAUACUUGUUUGCUUUAUCGCCCUCCCCGCGUAUCUCACUGUUCUAUCUGCAACAAUUGUGUUCAGAGAUUCGAUCAUCACUGUCCAUGGGUUGGUCAGUGCAUUGGAAUUCGUAACUAUCGGUUUUUCUUCAUGUUCAUAUCAACCUCAACCAUACUGUGCAUAUAUGUUUUUGUCUUCUCUUGGAUAAACAUAUUUAAAACAGGAGGCAGAAGAGCUUUUUCGAAAGACGUUGUGUCGGAUUUCCUUUUAACAUACUGUUUCAUUGCUAUCUGGUUUGUUGGUGGCCUUACACUCUUCCAUUCCUACUUGAUAUGCACAAACCAGACAACAUAUGAAAACUUUCGGUACCGAUAUGAUAAGAAGGAGAACCCAUAUAACAAAGGAAUGAUUUGGAAUGUCAAAGAAGUUUUUUUCUCCAAAAUCCCUCCUUCAAUGAAUAGAUUCCGUUCAUUCAUUGAGAUGGAUGAAGAGAUGAUUGCAGGAUCUGGGACUUCAAAUAAUGGGGAAGGUAUUAUGAGUUCAAAGGAGAAAAUAGAUAUUGAAAUGGGAACCAGGCUUGCCGAGGACAAUGGUUUUUCACUUCCAAACAUUUUGCGGAAUUUUGACUACGAUGAUUUGGAGGAUGAUUUGAAGGAUGCAGGAGAACAAUGCAGGCCUGCUUUUGACCCCUUUUUUCCCAUUCAGCCAGAAGUAAAAGAAUCUGUGCAAUACUCAGUAGAUGAAGAUAAAAUUACAGAAAGUGUUGCUACAAGGGAUGCAGUGAACUAUUCUGUGCAAAGCUUACCUCCGGGAGAUGAAUUGGGAGCAUCUGGCCAUAGCACCACUUCCUUUGAUGGAGCAAAUGAGGAAGUCAAUUGCGGAAAUAACAAAUCCUAAAACCACAUCACCUGUUUUACAAGCAUGAAGGGUUUGGCUACAGCUUUUGCGUCUUGUCAAGGAUCUUUUGUUUCGGUAGUUAUGGUAGUCAGAGAGCGAGUACACAGUUUUUCUUAAUGUAGUUACACUAGUUGGUCGAUUGAUGAUUUUCGCAAAGGAGAGUUCAUACAGUGACAUUGUCUCAUAAUAAAAUUCCGGUUCAUGAUUGUUGUAAAUGACUUGCUGAUUACAAUAAAUGCAGAAAUCUACGAGGGAUGGUGUUCGUAGCAAUUUAAUGUUCAA